AUGGCUGAAGCUAAGGAAAUAUGGUCAGCACCAAUAACCCCUAGAACAAUGGGAACACCUGUUGUGGCAUCUCCACCUGUGUCAUGUCCACCCUCUCAGCUUCACUCACCCUCUCUAACUAGGUCACCCCUUCUUCAGUCAGAGAAUGGAGAUGCACCACAUCCUAAGAGUAAGACUCCUAAGACACCAAGAACCCCACUUAGGAUCUCUAAUUUGACUCCAAGAUUUAUCACCCCUUUGGGAAGCCCUAUGAGAAAAGCUCUUAGGUUCACUAAACUUGAUCCUCAAGAUGCUUGGCUUCCCAUCACUGAGUCUAGGAAUGGUAACAAGUAUUAUGCUGCUUUUCAUACCCUUUGUUCUGGGAUUGGAACUCAGGCUCUUGUUCUCCCUGUUGCCUUAACUGUUCUUGGUUGGACAUGGGGAAUCAUAAGUUUGACUCUGGCUUUCAUAUGGCAACUAUACACCUUAUGGCUUCUGGUCAAUCUUCAUGAGUCAGUGGAGCAGGGUGUACGCUACUGUAGAUACCUUCAACUUUGUGGUGCUACCUUUGGGGAGAAAAUUGGGAAAUUGCUAGCUCUGUUCCCAAUAUUGUACCUAUCAGCUGGAACAUGCACCACACUGAUCAUCAUAGGAGGAUCCACUGCAAGGACAUUUUAUCAAGUGGUGUGUGGUGAUUCAUGCACUGCCAAACCCAUGACCACUGUGGAAUGGUACUUGGUGUUUACCUGUGCAGCUGUGGUGCUGUCACAGUUGCCAAACUUGAAUUCCAUUGCUGGGGUAUCACUCAUUGGAGCUGUCACUGCUGUAGGGUACUGUACCUCCAUUUGGAUUACCUCUGUGGCACAGGGUGCCCUAGAUGGUGUGAACUAUGAUCCUAUAAGGGUUGGAAGCAGUGUUGAAAAUGCCUUUGGUGUGCUUAAUGCCUUAGGUAUCAUUGCCUUUGCUUUCAGGGGCCACAAUCUCAUCCUUGAAAUUCAGUCCACCAUGCCUUCAAGUGAGAAGCACCCAUCACACGUGCCAAUGUGGAAAGGGGUGAAGGUUUCGUACGCACUCAUUGCUGCAUGCUUGUUUCCCUUAACCAUUGGUGGCUAUUGGGCUUAUGGCCAAUUGAUUCCAUCAAAUGGAGGAAUGCUGACAGCGCUAUACCAAUUCCAUUCCCAUGAUGUGUCAAGAUUUGUGCUGGGGUUAACAAGUUUUUUUGUGGUGGUGAAUGCUUUGUGCUCGUUUCAAAUCUAUGGGAUGCCAGCAUUUGAUGACAUGGAGUCACAGUACACGACAAGGAUGAAGAAGCCAUGUCCAUGGUGGCUACGAGCAUUUAUUCGUGUGUUCUUUGGGUUUAUGUGCUUCUUCAUAGGAGUGGCUGUGCCAUUUUUGUCUCAAUUGGCAGGGUUAAUUGGAGGAGUGGCAUUGCCUGUGACAUUCGCGUACCCUUGUUUUAUGUGGCUCAAGACAAAGAAGCCGAAGAAGUAUAGUUCAAUGUGGUGUCUGAAUUGGUUCUUGGGAACAUUGGGGGUGUGCUUGAGUGUGGUGUUGAUUGCAGCUAGUUUAUAUGUUAUCAUUGAUACUGGUGUUAAUGUGAGCUUUUUCAAUCCUCAGUAG